AUGGCCCUGCACUUGCUGGCUAUGAGGUUUCUUCUGGCCCUUGUAUCUCUGUUGUCAGCACAGGUCCAGGGAGAACUUGAUCCCAAGGUCCAAGGAGUGUCCCAGGGAACAGAAACGUGCCAAAGGCCCCCUUGGGCCUCCAUCUUCCAGCUGGCACCAGACCAGGAGAGCUACAGGAAGAACGAAGAAGUGAUGCUGAGCUGCCCUGAAGGUUUCCAGCCAUCCUUCACCCAUGUCAAAUGUUCGAGUGAAGUCCAGUCCUUCACUGAUGGGAAACCUGUCUACAGAGAGGUUUGGCUUGGAAGACAUACCAGAGGUGCCUGGAUCCGCAUUCGCUCCAGCAUGGAGUGCCUUGAAGUGCUUCAGGUUGACCCCGGUACCUUUGAGAUCUCCAGCACCAGCAUCAAACUGAACUGGACCUGCAGGUUCCCUGGUGCCUGCCAGGGCAUGCGGGCCAUGUGCCGCCUGGCAGUGCCUUCCUCCCCUCCCUGCGAGGCUGAGGAGGUGGAGGGAGAGGAGAUGUUACAUGGCCAGGAGGGAACAUUCUCCUGCUCCCUGUUGCAGCCCCUCACUGACUACAGUGUCACCAUCUUCUUGCACCCCAACAUGACCCUUUUCUCAUGGUUGUUCAGGACAGAAGAAACAGUGCCAGACAAACCAGAGGAACUGUGGUUGGAUACCAGCAGAGGGUCCCUGAGGUGGAAGGAGCUGCCCUCCUGCAAAGGGGAGAUCAUUGGAUACCAGCUGAACAUCACGGCCAGGAGCACACGGGAUGGAGGCUUCCUGGAGAUGGAGCGGCUGCAGGUGAACGGCUCCGUCACUGAGCACCGGCUGCCGGAGCACGGCCCUGGCAGCAGCUACGUGGUGUCCAUUCAGGGACUGACGGCUGCCGGGGCCGGGGCUGCGUCGCUGUGGGAGUUUCAGAGCACAGGUAGGGCUCGCUGUGCUCCUGUCCCAGGAGCCUGCUGCCGCAGCGUCCCUGACAUCUCCCCAUCCCAAGGGACGGCCGUGCUUCCCCUCCAACCCAUCACCUCGGAGGGGGCCGGGGAGCACCAGCUGGUCGUGGCCAUGACACACAACAGCUCAGGGAUUGAAAGCGCCUGCUUGGGGCAGCCACAGCCCUUCAGUGCCAGCCAGCAGCCCUUCAACACCACCCAGCAGCCCAGAACCUACGUGGCCGCUGUGCUCAACCUCACCGCCCCCAUGGACUUCGUUUUGGGCAACGGCACCUGGGGGCAGGGCUACCACAACGCUGCCCUGCGCCCCGGCUGGGACUACACGGCCCUUCUGCGCCUCGUCCGCCGCUCACCGCAGUCAGAGAAGUUCACCUGUGUCUGCUACAGCUUCUCUGUUGUUGCAGGGCAGGCUCCGGGCACGUGGCAUUGGACUGUGAUUGGGCUGGUUGUGCUGUUGGCACUCCUCCUCGUGACUGCAGUGAUCCUGUGGCUCGUGCUCUCCAGGAAAAAGAAGUAUGUGCCCAACAAAGCUAAGGAGGAUAACUAAAAAGGUAAAGGUGGCUAGGCUAGAGAUCAGUCACUCCAGCCGCUGGCCAGGACCAUGGAGACAUUCAGAGCAGAGAAGGAGUGGAGAAAAUGAGAAGAAUGACCCCAGCUCAGUGCUGAUGGCUGCUGUGCCCCUUGGUCUCCUGUGACUGUGACAGCGUGGGAGUCCAAUUCAAUUCAUCUAAUUUAGCAGGGCAAGAUGAAAACAGGAGACAAAGGAGGAUUGUGAGCUUUUUCUUUCCUCAGCACCUUCACCUCCCAGCUUUUGCUUACUGCUUUUUUAAGGCCUUUGAAUUUGACUUUCUGCAGUUCCUUUUUUCAGGUUUGCUUUCAUUUUUGCUUUCCUGGAAGCAGGAUUUGUUUUUCAGAUUUCCUAAUCCCAGACUCACACAGGCUCAGGCUGAUGGCAUUCUCCUGCCAUGCCCCAGGUUCCCAACUCUUCUCCUCCAUCUCUGCUGAUAUUCAGCCAAACCCAGGGAUUUUCUGGAACUUGGCCUGACUGGACUGUUUUGUGACUCUGCCUGCUCUGUCUGAAUAACCAAUAAAGGCUUGUGUUUUGAAGGGGCUGCCUGUCC